AUGCUUAUUUAUAUCAAACAACUAAAUAGUCCAGGGGCAACUGAAAUUCAAUUAGAUGUUUCUCCAGCUGAUACUAUUCAAGAAAUAAAAUCUCGUCUUUCGAAACAAUUAAAUAUUUCAAUAAAUCAACAAAAAUUAGUUCUCAAAGGUAAACCAUUACAUGAUGGAUGCUUAAGUGAUUAUCAAAUAACUGAUGGUACAAAAUUACAUUUACUUAUUUCAACACAAAAUUCGACAAAUAAACCGACAAAUAAUGUCUUGGUAAAUGAACUACGUUUAUUCGCGUCAAAAUGGAUUCAAAAUCCAAAUGAACGUGAUGCAUUUAUAAUCGCUUUUCAAAAUGAAAUGAAAGGUGUAGUUGAUCGAUUAAGUUUGGAUGAUAUUGAAAAAUUAUGUGCUGAUCGAUUAAAUCCAACUGUCUGA